AUGACCUACAAAAACCAAACUAGAUAAAAUUUUCUAAAUACUUUUAUUAUGAUGAGUCCCAAAGAUCAAGAUAACCCCAAUGAACAGAUAAAUAAUAAAUUAACUAAUAUAACAAAAGAUACCCAGAAAAAACGGACACUAGUGAAAAAACCAGCAAAAGAACAGACCAUAACCUUGAGGCAACAACAACGAAAACUAUAUAAUAAUAAAAAUUUAAUGGUGAAACCAAUUAUAAACAACAGCAACAACGAUAGUAACACUUCAAUAAAGGCGUCAAACGAAACAUGUAAUCUAAUCGGUAAAAUGAUAAACGACGUAAGCAAAACGACGAUCUCCGGCUUGGGCCAGCAGCAGCCACAACAGCAACAGCAGAGUAAACAAAAUGAUAAAACGACAGCAGCAAUUAUAGCAACGACAACAAGUGCUCAAACGAAUACAUUGAACAAUUGUUGUGAAGGUGGAAAAAAUACAAUUGUUGAUGAUUUUCACAUUUAUAAUAACGAUAAUGAACAGCCGAGUUUAAACGAAGUUAACAGAGAGAGUUUAUCAUUAGUUAACGAAGCACUAGCACUUGUUACUGAACAAUCUAAAGAGCUGGAAGCGAGAGAAGAGGUUAAGGGAGAGAAUUUACUAGUAACGGUACAACAGCCAUUGUUAUUACAAAAUUUCAGUCAACGUCUGAGGCAUAAAAACAUAAUAAACAAACCUUUAGACGACAGUUAUCAAAGAACUGUAGAUCUAGACGCAUUUAAAGCUAGAGAAUACAAUUUUCAAUGUGAACUACUGGAAUAUAAAAAGACCAGCGAUCAACAAACACAAAAGGAUUAUUAUACGGCAAACGCAAAUGUAGAAAACUGUGGAGAAGAGCUGAAAUUUAAAAGUUUAUCAGAACGUAAAGCUCAAUUGAAAAAAGAAUUCUUUAAAGAUUUAAACACGCAAACAGUGAAAUUAAAAACGUUAAAUAACGUGCAAACUUUGAAUAAAAGAAUUUUGAAAAAACAGCAUAAUUUAAAAUUGAAAAUACCCAGGGACUGUAAUAGCUACAAAGAGUCGUCAGUGGAUUUAAAACAAACCUCCUUAGUGGCCUUAAGAAAAUUGGAUUUACAAAAGAAACAACAACAGCAGCAAACGCCCAAGGAAUUAAAAAGUGCAAACGUUAAAAAUUUUUCACAAAAAUUGCAAUUUCCUAGAGUUAAAGAAUUAGCCAAGCGUUUCGAUUUUAAAGCCAACAUGAUUUUGCCACAAACUAAAACGCAAGCAGAGGCUAAAGCCCACAACAAAUCGGAGGCCAUGGUAGAAAGACACAGUCCUCUCUCGGAUGAAGGCUGUAAUAUAGGCCAUAGCCCUUACUCUUCCGAUGAUGACAAUGACUCCAUACGCACUACCAACACGGCUAUAGAAAGAAUACCAGCCACUAAGCAUAAGGAUAAAGUGGCCAGAUCUGCUAGCAGUGAUUCGGCUUUGGGUUUGGAGGUAGAUGAACCCAUGGAUGUAUCUGAGGCUCCGCAACCUAAUCAGCAGAAAAGAAGAAUGACUUUAACGGUUACCGAUUUGCCUUUAAGACCUGCUCUGCUGCCUUUAGCCGAACCCACUUUACUGCCCGAUUCUCCUAUAAUGGAUACUCCUGUGCCCAGUGUUGCUCAAAAUUUAAACCAAAACCAAAUACCUACUAAAGUAUUGCUAGAAGAAAGAGUGGUGGAAAUACCCGAAGUUCCCGGUUCGGGUUUUAGUUCCAGACGUGAGUCCUCCCAGUCCUGUUUCAGUGAUUAUCUUCCCGGUGAAAUGCAGGGUGUACGUUUUGUACGCACUCCCUCUGUGGUGGUCUCCGACUAUUCAGAUGAUAUUACUUGCGGCAUAACCCUAGAGGAAAUCGAGUAUUUUCGUGCCCAACGUUUGCGGCGACGUCGUUCCUCUUUGGAAACCUCCGGCACCGAAAAAGAUGCGCUCGACAAUAACUCUGACAUCUCAGCCUCUUCCUCGUGCAGCAACCUCUACUACUGUGGCUCCACCAUUUCGGCUCUCGAUGGAGCCGAAUGUUUAGUUAAUGGUGUGCGUCAACAAUUGGAACGCAAAACCUCAGACUGUUCCACCUGUUCGGUAAGCGGUGAUGAGGAUGCCAAUUUCUGUAUACCCGAGCAGCCCGAAGAUUGUCAAGACAUCACCGAUAUGUUAGCUAAUCAGCAUUUAACCAGCAAACGUUCCAAAAAGGUAGGUAUGUCGGCGAACCUUUUAACUGUAGAUCCUACAAAUAUUGUAUAAAAUUUUUCACAAACCAAAGCUAGUCAGUAGUUUCUAAGAAAUUUUAAGAAAAAAAAA